AUGGAAUGGUGCGAAAUGGGUUCACUAGAUGAUUUAUUAAAAUCGCAACAUCCUAUACCAUUACAUCGUCAAUAUCUUGCAAGGAUCAUAUGUGGAAUUGCAACUGCGCUCCACUUUUUGCAUAAGCAGAAUAUUUUUCACGGUUCUGUUUAUAUCGACAAUAUUCUCAUUGAUCACAAUAUGGUUGGGCGAUUGGCUGGUUUAUCGACAUGCCAAAUGAUCUCGCAAAAUACGAUCAUAAAACCAUAUCGAAUUUGUUCGUAUAGAGCACCAGAAACUUACGGUGAAAAAAUCCAAGCAUUUCCGCAGGAUAUGUUUGCAGUGGGAGUUAUUUUAUAUCGAUGCCUAAUAGGUUAUUUGCCAAAUCGAAAGAAGAAUGGAGAAGUUGAUUAUCAUGGUUUAAAAUCAUCGCUACAUAUUCCACUCGAUUCAGAGAUGUGGUAUACAACGCAGCUAUUGCUGUCAAAUAAAUUGGAUUUUAGACCAACCGCUGGACAAUUACUUUAUACCGACUGGAUCAUUCGCUCCAAAACUGAACGUAUAAAGCGAAUUUUCAAUUGGAAUUUUGAAUGA